CCUGUUUCCGCUCCGUCUCCACAAAGGCUGCACCUUGCUUUAGUGCUCUCUAUGAGUCAUCAAUUUGACGAGGAAACGAAGAAAGAGCUCGCCAAGUUUCUUGAAGGGCAACAGGCCGAAGCUCAGGUGUACUCAACUGUCCAUAACCUCACUCAACUCUGCUGGGACAAAUGCAUUACCGGCGCUCCGUCGUCGCGUUUUUCGCGCUAUGAGGAGAGUUGCCUGGCUAACUGUGUUGGAGCAUUCCUGGAUACUACCAAGCAUAUCGUCAACAGAAUUGAAGAACAGCGCAAAAACAACAACAACGAAUCCUUAUAA